AUGGGGAAAGCGUUGCACUUUUCCGGCUCUAUGCCGAACCUUCCCUUUCCACCGGAACGGACCCGUCGGCGCCAGAAGUUGAUGAAUCGAUACUACUAUCGACAGGGAAACUACACAAAGUUUCUGAAGAAUCUCCACACGGAGCAGCUGGCGAAGCUAGCGCUCAAGAAUCAGAAUGAGUGCGAGCUGCUGGAGGAUAUCCGGCAGUUUACCCUCAAGCGGUCCGCCAUCGAGAAAUCGUACAGCGAGGCGCUGCUUAAGAUUUCGUCCGCCUACUUGAACAAGAAGCAGGCCUGCAUACCGGAGAUAAAAAUGGACGGUGCGGAGGAGAAAUGGAACAUGUGGAGCGUAUGGCAGACGGUGUUGGAGGAAAACGAAAAGCUCGCUCGAGCACGGCUGGCGGCGGUCGAGGUGUUCCAGCAGCAGAUAGCCGACGAGGCGAAGGUCCUCCGCAACACCAAGCUGAACAGCAGCAAGCGCUGCGUCGAGAACCUGUCGGUGGUGCAGAAGGAGCUGCAGAACUCGGUCACCGACGUGGACAAGACGAAGAAGAUCUACUUCGACGAGGAGCACAGUGCGCACGACGUGCGCGACAAGGCGCGCGACAUCGAGGAGAAGCUGAAGAAGAAGAAGGGCUCGUUCUUCCAGUCGAUCACGUCGCUGCAGAAGAACAGCGCACGGGUGACGUCGCGCAAGGAGCAGCUGGAGGAGAAGUCGACCGGCGCCCGCAACGACUACAUCCUCAGCCUGGCGGCGGCCAACGCGCACCAGAAUCGCUACUUCACCAUCGACCUGCAGACGACGAUGGCCACGAUGGAGAACUACGUGUACGAGCGGGUGGCCGACUACCUGGCACUGAUCGGCCGCACCGAGCUGCUCACCUGCUCGGCGACCCAGAACUCGUUCGGCAAGAUCCGCGACCAGGCCCAGCAGCUGACGCGCGAGUACAACCUGCAGUGCUGCUAUCUGUACUACCCGGUGCUGAAGCAGCACAUCCAGUACGAGUUCGAGGCGUGUGACAACGAUCCGGUGCGCAAGAUCACGGCCGACCACGAGUCGGCGGCGGAGACGCUCAGCCGCGAGGGCAAGCGCUGGGCGGGCCGGGUCGCGCGGGAGAGCAACGUGAUUCGGGAGUGCGCCCGGAAGCUGGCGGUGUGUACGGCGUUGCGCGAGGCCGGCCAUCGGACCGACCCGAACGACCAGAACGGCCCCGACCUGGAGACGAAGAUCGACGAGUUCCGCGAGAACAUCCGCAAGUCGGAGAUUGCGAAGGCGAAGGCGGAGGCCCGGCUGGAGUGUCUGCGGAUCGGGGGCAUCAACGUGGACGAGUGGAUACAGGAGGCGGAGACGCUCAGCGUGCAGGAGAUGCCUCGGUCGGCGAGCUCCCUUUCCAUGCGCACCGAUGCUUCCGGCCAAGGGGAGAAUCCGAGUUCCGACUCGUUCUACGACAGCGACAAUGCCGAACAGGAUCAACCGGUGUCGGAGUCUUCGCCAGCGCCGAAACAACCGGAACCUCCACUGGAUGAGUUUGUUGCCGAUAGUGACGAAGACGAAGAGUUUGGCGUUGAACAAGAGCGACAGAAGAUUGAGCAAAUAUCGCACGGCUGGGAUGAUCCGACCCAGGUCGACUGGGGUGCGGAGGAGGCGGCUGCGGCGGCUGCCAGCCAGGCAGCGGAAGCGGCCGCGCAGCAGCAACAGCAGCAACAAUCGCAGCAGGCGGCCAGCCAAACCUUCAAGUGUACCGCGCUUUACUCGUACACCGCUCAAAAUCCGGACGAAUUGACGAUCGUCGAGAGCGAGCAGCUGGAGGUGGUCGGCGAGGGCGAUGGCGACGGGUGGCUGCGGGCACGGAACUACCGCGGCGAGGAGGGCUUCGUGCCGCACAACUAUCUCGACGUCGAGCGGGACACUCCGGUCGACACCCACACGCCGGCCCAGCUGUCGACGCAGAUAUCCUUCUCGUCGGUGGACUACACGGUCGACAAUGAGGACCAGGAUCCGAUGCAGGACUCGGGUCAGUCGCCGGAUCAGAUCUCGGUCAUCUCGGCACCGCGCAAGGUCAACAACCAGCUGUACUGCGUGGCGCUGUACGACUACGAUGCAACCGCCGAGGACGAGUUGACCUUCGAGGAGGGACAGAUCAUCAAACUGAUCACCAAGAGCCCGCACGGAGUUGAUGACGGUUGGUGGGAAGGCGAGCUGAUGGGCAAGAUCGGUAACUUCCCGUCGUUGGUGGUGGAAGAGUGCGAUGAGAACGGCGAGCCACUGACGGACGCCGAGGACGAGUCCCCUCCACCGUCGGCACCGCCAACCUUUGCCGCCCCUGCCCCACCGCCACCCAUGAUCCUGCACGAGGCAACACCACCGGAAGGCGAGAGUCCAAAAUCGCCCAACAGUGGACCGGCAAUCGACAAAUUCGAGUUCGAAAUGAACACAAACCAACACGAGCAGUAUGGGACGCAGUUUUCUGCCCCUCCACCAGCCCGACCACCGCCAGUUGUAAUCUGUGAGGAUCCUGAGGCGGAAGAGGCCGCCACUAUGCAAGAAGAAUCUCGGCAAGGGGCAGCGGCAGCAGCUACUGCUAGCGGAGCGGGCAGCGGUGGCGAUAGCAAUCAGCUCAACUUUGCGCAGAUCAUCGUGACGGCGGCCACGCCGAUGCAUGAGGAGAACAAGAAGUUCCCACCGGCCGAACCGGUCGACACGGACGACGAAGAGUACGAGGAACCCGGCGCCGUCGGUGCGGAGAUCGUCGAGAAGCAGGAGCAGGAAACGCAAGAGCUGAGCAGCAAACAAAAGUCCCAGGACGCGCAGGAGACGGCGAAGCCGGCAUCACCACCGGAGGAAAAGCCAACAAAGACGUCCGCGGGAAGGCCGGAAAAACCGACGGGACCACCACCGAAGCCAGCCAAACCACCUUCACCACCGAAACCGGAGAAGCCGGCGACGGCCCCCAAGCCCACAAAUGUGACUCCGAAGACACAGGCCAAAAAGCCGGACCGCACCAGGGCGGCACCGGACCCGGAACCCGAGGCGGAUCUCUCGUCGGACGAGGUGGCACCAGUCGAAGAUCCGAUCGCUCCGUUCGGGGAGUCAUUCGGUGGCGGUGCGGGCGGAUUCGAGGCGAACUUUGAAGCUAACUUCGAUGCCAACUUCGAUGACGCGUUCGGGCAGAGCGCGAACCAGCCGGAACUUCCGAAGCAGGUCGUCGGUGGGCGUGCGAGUAUACCGGAGGAGCUCGAGCCACACCAGCUGGCGCGGCUACAGAACCUGAAGGAGUCGAACGCAUAA